CUAAUGUUGCGUGUUUCUUUAUUGAUUUUCGUUUGGAUCAAUCCACUAAACGGAUGUAUACCAACACAAAAUGUGGAUUCUUGUUCGGUUUGUCAAAAAGUUUACGACACAGCGUGCCAAGGAUUCGGUGUGCCUAGCUUACUGAAUUGGUGUCCCAGAGCGGCGGAAGUUGGAGUUGAAUACCUCUUGGGUGCGGUCGCAUUACUACCGUUACUUCCGCAAGACUUGUGCUCCACUACCAUUGUUUGUCCACCCGGAACAACACCAAGGAUCAAUUUAUUCGGUGUACCCGAUAUUCCAGCACCAACUCCGGCAACUUUAGCAUAUUGUCAGGAGAGUGGAGCCAAUGCAGGAAAAUGGUACACUGGAAUCCCACCUAUUGUGCCCAUUGAAAUGACAUCUUUAACUUGUAAAAAUAUUAUUUAA